CUGAAAGCAAUAUGGCCGCGUCUCUCCAGAAUAGGGCUAACAACACGCCUACACGAGGAGUCAGUGCCGCGCGACCCGGCGACUAAGCUAGAUGGCGCGACUUGGAGCCAAAAAUAGCACCAACCCCCGUCCGCGGGCGAGGUGCAGUUGCACCGUGUGUUGCGUCUGAUGUGCAUCAAUCAACCUCAUGUCGAGCAAACGGCCGCUGAUCAUCAUCAUGUUUCUUACCUUCGUGGCUAUAUCCCUGCUUGGGAUAUUAAUCACCAGACCCCAUGAAUGUGACGCGGAGGGGACUGCAUGUUCAGACGGGCGCCUCUGCCCCGCGCACUGGGUGUGCUGCGAGCAGGGCUGCUGCGCGGCGCCCACGCAGCCCUCACGCCGGGACGACGAGAUCCCUCGCACGGAGCCUAUCCACUCGUGGUAUGCUCAAUGGCCGGUGCUAUUCCUCCUGGGCACUUUGGGUGGGAUUCUGAUGUGCUGCAUCUGGUUCCUGUUUUUCAAGCGUCCCACUCAGUAUGGCGUGUAUGUGUGGCAGUUCGCUUGUUGCGUGCGCCGCCCGCCGUCGGAACGGGACUCCGCUGGCUCCGUCUAUCCCCCGCCUCGCUACAGCCGCUGCAGCUCCUUCCACCAGGCUCCACCACCGUAUUCUGAAGUUACUUCCAAACCUGAUCUUUAUCCCCUCGUUAUCACAUGUGGUGAGGGCGAAGGGAAAGCAGGCAACUACCUUAUGGUUCAGUACUUCAGAAACUAUGUAAUUCGUGCCCCAGGCUCUAUAUCAGCGGCGAGUACUGCAGAAUCUCUCAACUCAAGUUUCAUAUGCAACGCAGCAAAUGAAGCAAAUUCGAUCAUCCCGCCUCCCUACUCGUGCGCGAGCAACUAUGAGGACUGUGUGGGCGGCGGGUGCGGGCGAUCCUUACUACGUUCGUUGUCGUCACUGACGGAGCCCCGCGAGACCCGCGCGCCUCCGCCCCCGCGCUCUCACACCGCACCCGACCCCGUGCCACCUCGACGUGACACUCCUUCAGCCUUCAGACAAAAUCUUAUUACCUCGCCCGUUCAGCCUUUAGAUCCCGCGUUCGAUCUCGAGUUGGAGUUAAUCGACUGCGAAAUGUACUGCGAUGGAGGUUGCAAACCCCGUCUCGGGCCUUCGCCUCCAGCGCACCGCUCGCCUUCUAAUACCGAGCCCAUGUACGAUCGCGAGGCAUAUGGACUGCGACAUCUUUUCGCUUGCCCCUCGCCUGAAGGUGCGGGGGCCUGCGAGUCACCUCCUCAACCUACCAGUCCCACACAAACUUCUAGAGACUCCACACUUCGAAGACCUAGUGAUGAAAGACACCAUAGACGAUUAGAAAGUGUCAAAAAAACCUCCAAGGCAAGAAAAUCGAGCUUAUAUAUGCCAUUGUCAGUAGCGUAUCCAGUAAGGCCAUCGAGAACAUCACCAGGUGCACGAGCAUCUUCAAGAUCGGCGCCCGCGACGCCAUGCGGGGCGCUCGUCCCCAACCUCCUCACUUUCACACAGAGAGUGUCAGCUUCAAGAUAUGGGUCCAGAUCUUCGAGGUGUGAAGAAGAAAGCAAUCCUUUACUUGCGGACAUUGAACACGAACACUCGCGUGCUGAUCAUAAAUUUUAGUUAAGUCAACCCUACGAAGCUAUUAAUGGCUGACCGCUGUAAUAGACUUAUUGUGCUUUAAACCAACCCAUGAUUGUGAUCCCCGUCAGUGUUUAUAGAUGAAUGUUUUAAAAUAGAUAAAAUCUUAAUAAUAUUUGUGUCAAUAUUGAAGUUAUUUUAUGCGGACUCAAGGUAUGGCCUAAUACAUAACAGGAAUCAGCGACGGUUUUGAGUGAUAAUGAAAGAUACUCGAGGAGGUCCCAAAUCUCAAUGUUGUGAUUGUUUAAGUAAUUCGUGCUCAUUAUAAUUUAGAGCAAUUAUGCAAUUAUAAUAAGUAGUUAGUCUAAAUCUAAAUGUUAUUUAAAGUGUUUUAUUGCAUCUAAAUAUAAGGAAAUUAAGAGCUUGUUGGACCAUUGUUCACUUGCCUUCUGAUAAGAAAAUGAACUGGUAAACGC